CAGUUGAGCCAUUUUAUAAAGAAAAGGGGAUACGUCCUAAUGUUAUUAGUUUAUUACCAAAAUUUAUUGAACAAAACAAUGAAUUGACAGAUUUUGGCUAUAGUAAAGUAAAUGCUCCAUUAGGUGAUUGGGAUGGAUACUUUGGCUUUGUUAUGUUGAAAAGCGUACGAAAAUUCAUGGAAGAAUUUGCAUUUAUGCCGGAUAUAAUAAUGGUUUCUAAAGAUCAAUAUAUUCAGAUGUUGGAUAAUUUUGAAAAAGAAGCAAGCGAAAUUAAAACCUCAAUGGAUUUGUAUAGGUUUUUCGCUAGAAAAGUUCAAAUUAAUUAA